CAACUAGUUCAGGGUUGUGUUACCACUGACGGUAUGCUUCCUGCAGCAGCUGCUUUUCACUUCCCCUGGGAAGUGAACUCUGGAGCAGUGAAGGAGGGAGCAUCAGUGAGAGUGUUUGGCAGGCUUGUCUCCUAUCAGCCUGAGGAGUCCAGGGCUACGCUGUCAGCUCAGCAUGCUUCAAAAGAGCACCAUGUGGCGGUUCACACCUUGUUUGUGGAGCCUUUUAACCCAAUAAUUGGGGCCCAGUACAUAGUUCUGGGUGAGGUUGAAAAUGCUGAGGGGGUUGGCGUGAUGGUCCGUGCCCGUGUGCUGAACUGCGUUGACGGAGUAAACGUCGCCCUUCUGCAGAAAGCCAUCAACGAGCAAAGGAGCUUCUUCAAGGAGAGGGAGCACACAAGUGACGAUGCACAUGUAACCUGAAUCAGGGUGCUCGAUGAGUAUUUGGACUGAAGCUCUGCCUUUUAAGGCUGUUUACCAAAGUAUACUGGAUGUUGUGUGAGCUAAGUCAACUUGAAGACCGGUUUGUUGACUGUAAAAGACAGUUUACUAUCUUGUCUGUCUCUGAUCAUUACAGUUCAUCAGUCUCAGGGUUAGCUAUUUGAAAGUUGUAGCUUUUGUGUGCUGCCAUUUUACAUUAUGAGAAUUACCAGCCUUAACAAUGUCAAUAUAAGCUUGUGGUCCCAUAUCAUUAAAAAUGCUUUAAAAGGGUUUCAAUAGAUAUGUCCUGUAUGGGUCACGUGAUGUUGAUUAAAAGCAAACUAUGUAUAUAUGAAUGAAAUGCAAUCCUUUUCAUCACUUUGUACCUUGUAGAGAUAUCGAUAGGUCAUCUAUUAGAUACCUUCUAACUGGUCAGGGCUGGAUCAUUGAAGUUUAGCUGGCAGAAUUUUUUAUCAUUGAAAUAGUUUUAUGAAUCCACGUUAUAACCAUAUUUAUUAAAAUAAAAUCUUCAAAGCAUAGGCCUGUAUCUCAUACAUGUUACGACCAUGACAUAAAUAAAGCAAUCUAAUGCACGCAUGGUCCAUAUUCUUAUACACCCUCUUACUGCUGACACACUUGUGUUGCCUGUCAGGUGCAAAAAGAGUGACGCUGUUGUAAAAAUCACGCAGAUUUUAUGUUUUUACUAGCUUCUUAAAAUACUACGUAUUCUGAUACUACGUUCUUGAAAGUAAAUGUUGAGAAGCUUGUACCUGCCUGUGUGUUUUAUUAAAAAAGACUACACAGCUGUGAAAGUGAGGAAGUCCAUGCUCUUCAACCAUUAUAAUUUAAAUUUAUUGGUAUUUGUUAUUUCAUAAAGUAUCAAACAAGAUUGAGUUUAAAGUCAACAGUGUCGAGGAUAGCCCAUGAGUAAUACAGAAUAAAAUCAAUCUUUGUAAAGAGCAUUGCACCUUGUCCCAGU